AUGGCGUUUCAGAUAUCGAUCGGCGAUGUAUUAAUGCUGUCGAAGCUCGCCUGGGAUAUCACGCAGGCGUUCACAUCAGGCAGGAAGUCGGCACCUGCUGAGUUUCAAGAAGUGCAGAAUCAGCUCAGCUCACUCACCCAUGCACUAGAAUCAUUGAAGUCGCUAUCCGGGGAGUCGCCAGGACUGGACGAUGGGGCCUCGGCCAGUAGUAUCACGCCGAUCCUGCAGAACUGCCGCUUCACUCUGGAACACCUCGACGCUCUCGUAAAGAAGUAUAUGAUCAUCGAGAACGAUGGAACGGGUGGUCCAGAAAAAAAGCGAUGGCGAGACGAGAUCCGGAAGAACUGGAAGAAAGUGCGGUGGACAAGGGAGGGAGGUGAUUUGACGAGGCUGCAACAUAAUCUCGGAGUCCAUAUCAAUAGCCUCAACCUUACAAUCGCAGUCCUAAACAGUUACUCCACGGGUCCCAUCGAAGCUGUCCAGCUGGUCCACUAUCGAAACUUGACUGGCGAUGGAGCGUGGGUGUUCAACGAAUCGGCAGACGCGAUAUUGGCUGCUCGCUUGGAUCCGAUCCCCAUCGACUCGACGGAGCACGAAGCAUCCGAAUUUACCGUCACUGGUGAGCUCCCGCAACUCCACAACUAG